AAGAACGCUUUGAAAACAUCGCGUACGAUGUGCACAUCCGCCGAGAGCGCAGCGAGUCCGUCGUUAGAUAGAGACGUUGGUCAGUUCAGCGGACCUGCCCGGCUUGAGGCCGAAUCCAUCCCGAAGUUAUCUCUUUUCACAGGAUGGGGAGCAGCAAGGAUGAUGACUCCGAUCCUACACUGGGUAGCACAAAUGGUGAAAAAGAAGAAGAUGAACUACCAUCACCCUUUCAGUCUCGUCUGUUCUUGGCGUGUUUGGGGAUUUUUGUUGUCCUGGCAGCUGGAGCAAUCAUCUACAUGGGCAUAACGAUGACAGUGCAACAGGACAGUAUCAAUUACCUUACAACAGAAAAGCAGAAACUGAUUAAGGAAAAAACGAUGAUUAAGUUCCGCAGGUUGGACCAAAUGAGCCAAGAGGGAGAGCAGAUGUUCAGAAAUAAAGAGGAGCUGGACCGAGUGAGAGCUGAGAUGAGUCGGGCGAUGGAAGACAUAGGACAUCUGAGUGCAGAAAAGGAAAAUGUUUUGCUCAAGAGAGACACUCUGAGUCAACUGAGAGCGGAGCGUACCAAAGUGAGCCAAGUGAAAGAUGAGCUGAGCCAGGAGAAACAUAAGCUGAAUCGAGAGAGAGAUGAGCUGACCCAACAGAUUAAUAAGCUGAGCCAAGAGAGAGAAGAGCUGAAGGAGAGUCUGGAAUUCAUCCAGAAGUUUGACACAUUUUCAGUUAAAGACAACUGCCUCAACAAAAUAUGUAAGCCCUGCACAGGUGACUGGAUUCUCUUCAAGAAAAAAUGCUACCUGUUUUACGACAAACCAGCUCCUUGGAAGACCUGGGAAGAAAGUCGAACGCUCUGUAAGAAAAAUGGAGCAGAUUUGGUUGUUAUUAAUGAUCUGGAGGAGCAGGAAUUUGUCAGUAAACACAUCAAGUACUACCAUAGUGAAUACCAUGGAUACUGGAUGGGAUUACAGAAAGUUAACAACACCUGGACCUGGGUUGAUGGACGUGUAAACAGUCUUGGGUUCUGGGCGAAGAACACGGUCACCAGUCCGGGACCAAAAGCUCUGGUGAUUCCAAGUCAAAAUCCCUCAGAGAGCUGGAAGAAAGAAAACAAUGAGUUUAUGAACAAAUUCAUCUGUGAGCAUAAAGCUCGACUGAGGUCCAACUGACCGACUGUCCUCUGAAAGUUUCAUGCAGGAAUGCUCAACUCUGUCGUGAAUUUCUAUAUACAAGUCAUCAUCACCUUAAUAAUCUGCUGGUCGUUUUGUCUCUUCACUCUUAGUGUUUAUGAAGUCUCACCUAAUGAACCUGUCUGGUUUGCACAGGCAGGUUUAGAUGAUAUUUUUCUGCAGCUGCUCAGGAACCAGACUGUCUCUCCAUUGUUCAGGAUUCCUUAUCUUUGGUAUAAACCCAUGUGUGGACUGCCUGACAGAGCAAACACACAUCAUGUAGUUAUGUACUUAAUUCAAAAUACAAAAAUACUUCUAUUGAUCCGAACGGGAAAUUAAUCGUUGUUGUAACUCAUAUUAAUUCAAAUUCUCCAAAUAGUUAUUGUAGAUAGUGAUGGCUGUUGGCAGGAAAGGUUUUAUAGCUGUCUGUAUUACAGAAAAUUUGAAGAAGCCUCUGACUGAAGACACUGUUUUUCCAAGACCAACCAGUCAUGAAGAAGAUCAGGGCUGUCCAUUAUUUUCUUGAUUUUGUUGAAAGUCUCCUAUUUUGCAAAAUUCACAUUCUCACAUUUCACAUGUUUCCAUCUUUCCAUUUGGGCGUCUCCUGUUUCUAGAGACAAUGCAAGAGCAAGAAAAUAAAACAAAACACCCAGCAGGUUUUUGGGAAUAAAUGUUUCGCAGGUCGUUUUUGAAACGAUCUGUUUCAAAAACCUCUAAAUUGAUGCAUCACAAUUUUAUACCUAGCAAACCCUGAGCCAAACCCAGUCCCUCACCUGGCAACCCAAGUGGAGCUCCGCCCUCUUCAGUCCAAGUUAUCUCUGUACAAUGGCUGCUGGGGUCUCUAAAGACCAGAUACAUCAGUGAGCGUGAAGCCAGUAAGGUCCAACUAACUCUCUUAAAGUUAUAGUCAGUUAGAUAAAGGAAUACUCAACUCUGUCAUGAAUUUCUAUACCAAAGGUAUAACACUAUGACUGAUAAUCUGCUGGUCAUUUUAUCUCUUCAUUCUUAGUUUUUAUGAACUCUCACCUCAUGAACCUGUCUGUCUUGCACAGCCAAGGUUACAUAUUGUUUUUCCGCAACUCCUGUGGAACCAGACUGUCUCUCCACUGUUUAGGAUUCCUUAUCUUUGGUAUAAAACCCAUGUGUGGACUGCCUGACAGGUCAGACUCUGAGUCUGACCGGGAGCUGUAAUCUGACCUGUUCAUGAGUUUCUCAUCUUGUGGCUCUCAUCGCUUGCGCAUGGCAUUAAAUAAACCUGACAGUGAUUUUCACUUAACGGAGCUUGGAAAUUUGUCUUUUUCCACAACAGUCGUCUUUAUGGUUUAAUGUCAGACAUGCAUGCAUCCUGCAGAGUGGCACAGUUGGUAGUAUGGUAGCCUUGCAGUGUGGUUUCGCUCUGGGUACUCCAGCUUCCUGCCCCAGUCCCUAUCACUGUUAGGUUAACUGGUCUCUCUGAAUUCACCUGAGGUGUAAGUGGGUUAUUUGUCCUGUCUGUCUCUGUGUUGCUCUCUGAUGGACUGGCGGCAUGUCCAGGCUGUACCCGCCUCUCGCCUGAUGACCACUGGAGACAGAUGUGUUGGUGAUGAUGAACGGUUCUUUAUGCGUUUAAAAUAUUAAAAGGAUUCAAUAAAAGAAGAUAUAUUAUUCUCUGAAUAAAACACAUUCAAAUAUAAA